CCGCGAGAUGUACUCACAUGGGACCGCUUCCUCGACCUGCGAAGAAGACGGCGCUACCUCAACCUCGUCAUGUCAAUAGUAUCCGCUGGCGGUGCGGUCGCCAUACUCGGUCCGAUAGUCGCACAACAAGACAUUGACGCUUGGGCAUCGCAACUAUCAGGCCUAGACCCUUUCCUCGUGAUGGGUGCCACCACCUUUGCGAUUGCGGCAGGGGGGUGGCUGUGCGGACCGAGCUUUGGUAGCGGGCUGUUUGGGCUAUGGGCUGCAAGGAGAGGGUGGAGUAGAGCUAUGCUGGAGAAGGAGAAGGACUUUUUCCAGCGCAUCAAGCGAUACCGCGGCGAUCCUGCGUCAUCGAGCGUGCAGAAUCCCGUACCAGACUACUACGGCGAGAAGAUCAGCAGUGUGAAGGAUUACAGGCGGUGGCUCAAGGAUCAACGAGCCUUCAAGCUGAAGAAGGACAAGAACCUUCUUUAA